GUCAACUAGGAACAGCUUUCUAAAAAGGCAAAAGAAAAUAUUUAUGAAAUAAAAAAAAAAAUUGUAUAGGAAAUAAAAAUUAAAUUUAUUAUAUUAAUUAACAUAAACAUAAUUAAAAUAGGAGUUCUUCUCACACAUUAAGUGGAUAAUUUUGAAUUCUUUAUAGAAAUUAUUCAAGAGUAAAAAAAAAAAAGAAAAAAAAUGGAUCACAGGAAUGGGCAUUCGUACACAAAUUUAAGGAGGAGUCAAAGUAAUAAUAUUCAAAGCUCACAGGAUCAUGAAUGGCCAACACGUCGUAGACAGAUUACAACACAGCAAAUUAAUAAUAGAGUAGAUCCACAACAACCAUUAACACAACAUGAUGAGUUAAUAAAAUAUAUUAAAGAUGCUUGGAGCAAGGUAAAUGAACCUGGUCCCCAUGGGAAGGGACCGCAUGUAUAUCGAGCAGAAUUAAUAAGGCCACCAGUUGACUUUCAACCAUUUGAUUUAGAAGGUUUUUGGGGUCAACGACUUGUUCAGAAUAUUCAUGUUAAUUCUUCUGGGCACCAAUGAAAUUAUAUUCAACAUAUUAAAGAAAGAAGAAGAAAUAACUGACAAUGAAUAUUUGUUUUUUUUUUUUUAAAUAUCAAUACGCAUAUUUUGUAAUUUAUAUCGUAUAUAUCGUGUAUAAUGUAAAGGGAAAAGUAUCAAUUAUUUUCGCUAAGGAUUCAAUAAUACCAUAAUUAAUAUCAGAAAAUUUUUACAAAAUAUAUUAUUAUUAUUAUUAUAAUUAUUACAACGGCUUCUGAUCUUUGAUAUGAUAUUCCGAACAUAAAUAAUUACUUCUUUUUAUUUAUUAUUUUGUGUAAUUUCUGUAUGUGAAAUUAUAUUUUGCCUAAGUUACAAAAUGUAUUUGUCUAAAAAUAUUUCAAAAGUAGAUUUUUUAAGAUUUCAUUUUAUUUUGGAAUUGAAAAGAAAGAAAAAAACAAAAAUUUCUACGC